UUUUACGUGGCAUCAACUAGAAACGCACGUGUGUAGCGGACAGUGCAUAAGUCGCACAUUGUCUUCAUGCGUCUUGGGUAUCGUCAACAUGACCUCAGAUGGAGGUGUUCUGUUAAAGAAAACAAUGGAAAGAGAAGCCGUCGUUCAGAUUCAGAAACUAAUCGUAAGUAGCAUUGUUUCUGGUUCAUUUCUACAAAGGAUUACCGGCUUCGUGGAUUCAGUUGUGUACCUUCAUUACCGAGAACCCACCUUCAUAAUUGCGGACGGGAACACCAUCAGUGAAAUUAUCAUUGGGUAUGCUCCAGAGAUGCGAGCUUUCAUAGCUGGAUCAAACACCUAUCUUGAGUCCUUGGACAUUUCACAAUGUUUAUUGGAUCGUGUGCCGCCUACCCUUCCCAAGCUAAUCAAGUUGAAAAGUCUUUCCAUAAAACAAUGCAAGUUAAUGGUACUCCGACUGGAUCUGUUAGUAGACAAUCAGAAUCUGAAAACCCUGGAUCUAUCCUACAAUCAAAUUCGGCAACUGCUUCCAGUAACUGGACGACCCGCGAGGAUGUUAAGCAUUGAAAAGCUAAUGCUCUCCGGCAACCCUCUGAGUCGUUUUGACAUGACUGUACUUGCAUCGAUGUCGCGGCUGACAUUACUCAAUCUGCAAGAAACUCAAAUUAUUCAUUUCGAGGUGUCAACAAGAAUUACCUUCCAAAACUUUAAAACCUUUUACUUCGAAAAAAACCAAGUCACAUUAAUCAAUCUGAGAAACUUGACAAUUCCCAAUUUCGAAAAUCUUGCGCUGGGAUCAAACAUAAUCAAUAAGUUGCCAUCUAUGCCGGAAAGAUUACCGAAGUUAAACUAUUUUGCACUGCACCGUACCAUGGUAACCCAGUUGGACUUGAGCUAUUUUAAACCGUAUCAAAAUCUAACAAUGAUUUACCUUUAUAAAAAUCAAAUCACCUCUGUGAGUGCUUCGUCCCCUGUACAGCUGCCAGUAUUUCGGUUAUCAUUAAACGGUAACAAAAUCACCACCUUCGACAUCUCGGGAUGUGACAUGCCCAACAUAACCUUGUUGGACCUUACAGACAACCGACUUACCGUGAUUCCUCCUGUUUAUGACAAAUAUCCACAAAUUCAAUUAACAAUGAAUGGCAAUCCCGUUCUUCCGUGCGAUGCUCUACUUCCUUAUAUAGAUCAGCUUGAGAAAAGCUUGUUUAAAAAGGAUCAAAUAGAUGUAAGCAUGGCGUGUUCUACGACGUCUUUGCUUUUUGUAGGUAAAUCCAGAAAAAUAUGCUGUGAAGGUUAACACGGUACAAUAUUGUAACCAAUUUUAAAAUAGAAAAGCUGUGUGCAAAAUUGAAUCAUUGACUAUUAUUACAAGAAUAUAAUUGGCCUAGAUUGGACUAGUAUGUAGCGGUGGGAUAGAUCAUCUUAAUUGAAGAAUAAUUGACAGCGCAGUUAAAUAUUUUUGUUUGGAAUACGCAGGGUUCCUCCAUAGUGCUGAUAAUGUUUGCACACAUUUUCAACUAAUUGUGAGGAGAUUUCAAGCUCUAGCCGAUGUAUCAAGCCACACGAAUGUAUUACUUUAUAUUACAAACAUUCCAAAAAUAAACUCAAAUGUAUCAAAUGACCUGAGAAACCCUGCAAUCAUUAGCCAUGUGUUUGACAUCUGGACCAAGGCACCUCCGGCUCGGCUAAAGGGUAAGUUAUGCCUUGUUAAGCAAAUAGGCAAAUAAACACAUUAAUACAUCCCAGUAUUCAUUACAUUUCAAUUACCAAUUCUCUAUUUUCCAAAGAGCCAUUCUAGUUCCGGUAAAAUGAAAUGAGAUUUAUUAACCAAUUGUGGUCUAGAAUAUCCAAAUUAGAACAUUAUUUCUCUGUUUGAAACCACCUAAAAUUCAAAAUUAAAAUACAAUUUGUCGGCAACAACUGCAGUGCUGUCCAUCCCCAAAUUAUACGAUCGUUUCAUCGGACUCGACAGUUUUGAUCAGUGUGCUGUGGUUGGAGGACCUGUCCUCUCCAUCUGCAAAAUGAUUGCUGUGUACAGUAAGAUAUCAAGCUUUCCGUAGCAUAUUCUUCGCUAACAGCAACGAUUGUAACCUAUUGCACAUCCUCAGCAGCAGUAUUACUUCUGUGCAUCCUCCUUAGCCUGGUUGGUCUACCUUCCUGCUCAGCCCAAUGCUUAGAAGGCAGUAUGUAUUUUUGUAACAUCGGAGUUAUCAACAUGACCUCGGACGGAGGAGCGAAGAUACGUAAAGCCAUCGAUACCGUGCAAGACAGCUUGUAUGUAGCAUUUAGCAUUGAAAAGUUGAUCGUCAGUAGCAGUGCUUCGGGUCCGUUCCUGCAACGAAUUGCCACGCUAACUGAGCAGAUUUCGUACAUGGCCUAUAAGGAUCCCGUGUUCCAACUGCCGGCAGACAACACACUCACCGAAAUUGAAAUCGUCAAUGCUAAAAUGCUACGUUCGUUAGUAGCUGGCACGAACCGUCAUUUGACGCGACUGUACUUGGAAAACUGUCUUCUCGAUCGUAUACCACCGACACUCUCCAAUAUGAUCGAGUUAGAGGAGCUGCUUAUCAUGCAGUGUGCAUUGACAGCGCUGCGCCUAGACGUGCUGGUGAACAAUCCCAAACUCACCACCAUCGAUCUGACGCGUAAUCGAAUUCGUCAACUGUUUCCGAUCACCACGCCACCAAAAACCAAGCUAGCUGUAACAUUCCUCGGUUUGGCUGCAAAUCAACUGGAACGUCUAGACAUGUCCAUGUUUGCCUUCAUGCCGGAACUGGAACAGUUCGAUGUGCGAGGUAAUCGGAUCGUCCGCUUUGAGGCUACGGCACCAGUAACCUAUGGUUCGCUUACGCGACUACUCGUCUCUUCCAACAAUAUCACGCAGUUCGAUACGCGCAAUCUUACUCUUUCGGAACUGCGCUCACUAUACUUGGACGAUAACGCACUCACCGAACUUCCCACACAUUGGGGCAAGCUACCAAAACUAAUCUACCUCGGGUUUGAUCGAAACUAUCUGAAACGGGUCGAUAUGAGCUUUUUUGGAAAGUUCCCAACAUUGACUGCAAUCUUUAUCAGCGAAAACAUCGUCGAAACGAUCCGCACCUCCACUCCGAUCACGAUGCCAGAGCUAGAUAUCAUACUGUUCGAAAGCAAUCAGAUUGUCUCGGUGAAUUUUACUGGCUGUAAUUUUCCUAAGAUGAACCUCGUUUCGUUGACAAACAAUCGCCUUACAACGAUUCCGCCUCUGUUGCAACGAUUUUCCGAAUCGCGACUGACAAUGGAAGGCAAUCCGAUUAAAUGUUCCAGCAUGACGGCAUUAAAGAGCAAAAUCACUGACUAUAGGCUCUACGUGACCACCGGUACCACGCAGUCCGACUGUCCCACAACUUCAUCGAUCGCACUUGAUCAAGAGCGGCUAGCUUGCUGUGAUGCUUGAUAGUUCGUUCCGACACGUGAAUCUAUAGUGUAUUCGCAAAUUCAAAAAGUUUCAGAAUAAAAUAUGCAAGCAAAUCUA